GAAUUGAUCAAACUGUGGCAGCAGAAGGAUCUCCAUUUCAACCUUAACAUGUCAUGACAAAAUUGUAACAUAAUCUAUAUUGGUGACCUCAAAUCCAAGAGGUUCAUCACUAAAACUAGUCAUGGCUUCUUCAACCUCAUCCUCCACUCUUUCAUUAUCCUCUUCAUCCACUCUAAUUGAUGCCAAACCUCCUUGCAGACAAUCUACUUCUCCACAAUGUGUGAGCCUUCCGACUCUUCCUCUUCCGCCGGCACAGUCUCAAACUCGUCCAUGGAAAACCACAGCAUUCUGUCGAAAGAUUGCUCGCAACGUUAUGUCGAUGGCUUCGAGUACCACAACAGAAACAGCCACAGCACCAGUUGAUCCAGUGCCUGCCUCAGCUGAGCAGCUCAGCGUUAGUGAUUCUCCAGAAUUUCUCAAGACUAUUCAAGAAACAUGGGAGAAAGUUGAAGACAAAUAUGCUGUGAGUACAAUAGCUGUAGCCGGGGCAGUUGCAUUAUGGGGCUCAGCCGGUGUCAUCUCGGCAAUUGAUAGGCUUCCUUUAGUUCCUGGAGUUCUUGAAGUUGUAGGCAUUGGUUACACUGGGUGGUUUGCAUACAAGAACAUAAUUUUCAAGCCAGACAGGGACGUUUUGGUACAGAAAAUAAAAGGAACUGUUAAAGAAAUUACUGGGAUCGAUAUCUAAAUGAUUUUGACUAUACUUUGUCCUAUGUAAUGUAACUUUUUAUGCAUAUAUUUUUAUGGAUUUCAAUAAAAUGCCAUAUUCUACUGUUA